AUGACAGAAAAUAUUAAUGAAUUUAGAGUUAAUAAUUUUGGAGCAGGACCAGGAUGUAUUCCAACUGAAGUUUUAUUAGAAGCACAAAAAGAAUUAUUAAAUUUUCAAGGUUGUGGUAAAAGUAUAAUGGAAGUAUCACAUAGGGGUAAAGAAUUUGAAGGUGUAAUCAAUGAAACCAAAUCAAAUUUAAAGAAAUUAUUAUCAAUCUCUGAUGAUUAUGAUAUAUUAUUUUUACAAGGUGGUGCAUCAUCUUUAUUUGCAGGUAUUCCAAUGAAUUUAUGUGAAAAUGGUGUUGAGGAUAUUGUUGAUUUCAUAGUAACAGGAUCAUGGUCAAAACAAGCCUCAAACGAUGGGAAAUACUUUUGCAAAGUUAAUAAAGUCGUUGAUAUGGAGAAAGAGAAAUUCCUAACUGUUACAGAGCCACAAUCAUGGAAAUUCUCACCAGAUGCAAAGUAUGUCCACUAUUGUGAUAAUGAAACCAUUCAUGGUAUUGAAAUGCCAAUUUCAACACCUGAUCAUUUACCAUCAAAUCUUAUCAAAGUUUGUGAUAUGUCUUCAAACUUUUUAUCAAAACCAAUCGAUGUCAAUAAAUUUGAUUUAAUUUUCGCAGGUGCUCAAAAAAAUGCUGGUAUCUCUGGUAUUACAAUAGUUAUAAUUAAAAAAUCUUUAUUAUUAAAAACAAAACCAAAUGUACCUUCAGUUUUUAAUUUUUUAAAAAAAAGUCAAAAUAAUUCAUUAGAUAAUACACCACCAACAUUUAAUAUUUAUAUUACAGGAUUAAUAUUGAAAUGGAUUAUUAAUAAAGGUGGUUUAAGUGAAAUUGAAAAAUUAAAUAUUGCAAAAGCACAUGCACUUUAUGAAUAUAUUGAUAAUUCAAAUAGUUUCUAUAAAUGUUCAAUCGAUAAGAACUAUAGAUCAAGAAUGAAUGUUGUAUUUAGAAUUCAAGAUGGUAAUACUGAAUUGGAAGAGAAAUUCAUUAAAGAAGCUUCAAAAGAAAAUAUCACCGAUAUUAAAGGUCAUAGAUCUGUUGGUGGUUUAAGAGUUUCUUUAUAUAAUGCAAUCACUAUUGAUCAAACUUUAAUUUUAAUUAAUUUUAUGACAAAUUUUCAUAAUAAUAAUAAAUAA